CCUGUCGUUUCCCCGCCUCCACGGAUGAAGUGGUUGGUUGUUUGGGACGUUGUUUGGCAAGAUGGCCGCAGACCUCGAUCCAAUCAGCGGUGUAUCCUCUUCGCUCUCGCUUUAGAUUGUCAGAUCAAUGGAAAUUCAGCGCGCUGCUGAGCCACUUUCCUAUCUCUAGCAGCUCCCGCCCGUCUGUCCGUGUGAACCUUGGCGAACCGCAAGUGGACCGAGCGAAACCGGCUCAGUUAAGUGUGAGUGCGAUGCUCUGGAGGGGGGGGAGAGAGUGAGGCUAUGGGCUGCACCUCGGCUAAGCAGGUGUCGGCUGUGCCCAACGAUGAGGAGGGACGGGGCAAGGCCUACAGCAACGGGGACCUGUUCACCGAUGAGUACAGGAUGAAGGCGGUGGAGGAGGUGAAGUACAUGCGUGGAGAGGAGGACAGGGUCAGCGCACGCAACCAGGAGAACCUGGAGAAGAGCUCCACGCAGCAACGGGGCAAACAGCACAAGGAGGGCACAGGAGCUAACUCCAACAAGACAAACAUUCACACGUCAGAGAGCCAGCAGGAGUUCUUCAGGAUGCUGGAUGAGAAGAUUGAGAAGGGACGAGACUACUGCUCGGAAGAGGAGGAUGUAACAUAGCAGCAAGGCCCCUGACUCUGCUACUGACUGUGUGUGUGUGUGUGCAUCUGUGUGAGUUUGUGUGUGGGUAUGAGUGAGUGAUAGAGCAUCAGAGAGUGAGAGGAAAUGGAAACAGUGUUUGUCACAAGUGUGUGAUGUUUGCAUUUGGAUGAGGUGUGUGUGUGUGUGUGUGUGUGUGUGUGUGUGUGUGUGUGUGUGUGUGUGUGUGUGUGUGUUGUGUGUGUGUCUGUUUGUGUUCGACGGAGACAUAUUAUCCUCACAGACUGUUGCCCCUUAUACCCCCGCCACAACCUCGCCCUUUCUCGAACUCAAACUGACCCUUUUUCAAGUGUUGGGUGGAAAAAAUAGCUUGAUGAAGUGAUCGCUUAAAGAAUGGAUGGACGAAUGGAUGAGUGGAUGGACAGACUCACUGUGGAGAUGUGAGAGAGAAACUCCACCCACACAGGACCACUCCCCCCCCACCCCACUCUCCCUUCGUCCCCCCCCCUUCUCAACCUCUGGGCACCUUACCAACGGGAGGGGACAACUCCAUCCAAGAAAAGGAUGCAACUGGACGAAAAGAAGCGACAACAAACCGCCCC